GGUGGUCAUGAGUUUAUAUUUCCCUGAUGAUCAUGGAUGCUAUUUUCCCUGACCAUUGAUCAUAUUUGAUUUAGAUAGUUUCAUGCGUGUCUACUUCGUAUGCCUUUUGCCAUCUCCUUUUAUGCCAGGUGGCAUUUGGUCUUGAUUAUUCCUGUUUGCAACUUGAUUUUUUAAUCCUUGGCCUUCAAAGGGUUGAACAUGUGGAGACAAUUUUGUUGCUCAGGUGAUAAGGAUUGUGAACAUUUGACCAAGUAUAUUAAUUUUGAACAUGCAUAUUGCUUGGCAGUGAAACAUUUAGGGGUGCAUUGUGCAGUCCUUCCCGUGAGUCUUGCUAUGAUUAGACUGCUCUACCUAUCUGUGAAAGGUGCUUUUGGAGGUGUCUGUUAAUUGUAUUGUAACAUAUCUUUGUCAGUUUGUAUGUUUUAUUAAAAGGAGAAUUAUUUCCUUAACUGAACCUUAAAGAAUACUGCCAUAACUGAAUACUUAGAGUACAGUGCUAUCUGCCUAUCAACUUCUAGUUUCUAAAUGAAUUGAGCUUUCUGUUGAACAUCCUGAUUGAUGAUGUAUAAGUCAUAUUUGACUUGAAGAUUGUUAUGUAUUCAACAGUUGGUUUUCCAAUCAUCUGUUAUUUUUAUAUUUGACAAUGAACUUUUUGUAUAUGAUCUCUGACUUGUAGUUUGUUAUAUUUUCUUUUGAAAGUCAAUCUGUUUACUUUGACUUCUUUUGAAAGUCAAUCGCACUUUUUACGGUAAUUGUUUUUUGUUGUACUUGUGAUAAGAGUGGGUGUGAAUUGAUAGUUUUAUGAGAUUGAUCAAUAUUGAUCUUUCUUUGUUUCAUGGUUCUGGAUACCAAUGAAUCCCUGUGAAAUCUAUCUCCAUGGAAGUUCCCUUCACUUGAGUUUCUAACUUUCUAUUGAUUACAAAAAUGGGUUAAUUCAAUAAAAUCAAGCACAAGUUCUCAUUAUAUCUUUCUGAGCAUGAUGACUUACCCAUCAGUUAAAAUGGAGGAUCUUUUUGGAAUAUAUUCUCUUAUGUCAUCUUAAUGAGGAGAUUAGUUGACUAUAUUUGGCUAUGUUCCUUCUUAUACACAUGGUUUUUAUGGACUACUGUGACUUUAUUCUUUGUUCCUGCAAUUUGCAUCAAAGGUACAUAGUUCUUGCCCCUGCAAUUUGUAUAUGUGGUACAUUGUCCUUGCCCAAGUUAUCAGGGCAGAGGCUGCAUAAUUCGGUAAUAGGAAAGUCUGCUUGACUAGUUUACUCUUUGGUUCAGCUUUUACUGAUUACCUUCUCAUGGUUUAUUUCCAAUGCGAUUAUUUUGUUUUCUGAUCUGCAAUCCUUAAUGGAACUUGGCUUAUGAGAAUAAUAGCAUGUUAGCAUUUGUGUAAGUCAAUCAAUACAAUCAACUUUAUAAACAAUGGCACAUACAUGUUGUCAAUGAAAGUGACAGAAAUUUGUGUUGUGUAGUACUAAUAUAUUAAGUUUAUUAGACUCCGGUGGGUGGUGAUCAUUUAAUAUUGUUAUGGUAUACAACUGCCUUUGGCCUUUGUUAGAAUUCACUCAGCGAUGGAGACUAACUAUUCACAAGUAAUUUAAAUAUUCGAUUUCAUGCGUUUGUUUUUUCCAAAUGUAUUUGCUUCAUUGUUUCUCAGAACUAUUGGCCUGUCAUAUUUCAUAUUUUUGGGAUAAGUAAUGUUGAGAUCAUGAUACUCCUAUUUCUUUGAGAAUAAAAAAAAUGCAUGAAAGAUCUUAACUCAAGAUAUAGUUAUUUUGUGCAAGCAAACAUACUAAUCUUAAGUUGUAGCUGUUCUUCAGGAAAACACAACAAGGCAACGCUAUCAGCUGGCAUAAUUUAUUGGUGCCAUUUUCUGCACUUAGUUUACAAGCUAAAAAAUAGAGAAUAUCUUUUUGGAUCUCCAAAGAAGGUGAUCCCUCAAGAAAUUUGGCUUUCCCAUGCUUUGAAGUUGAGUGUUGUGUAUUCUAUUCUAUAAUGUGUACUCGUGCAGUUUGGCCGCAUAACAUCAGAGGUACCAUCGCUUCUUUCGUACAGCUAAAGGGUAAGAAUCAUGGACAAUAAACAAAUCUCAUCUUGUUCCCUAAAAUCAUUUUCCUUGCCAGCAUCUUAGCUGUUUCUGUUUGACAAGGAGAGGCAAGAAGUCCCUUUUGAGGACAUGCCAGAAGUACAACUGAUUUGUGCAUUGUGGUGGAUCUGAGUCAUGUGCAGCUCUUAAUUGCUAGAUGGGUGCAGAUCACUUCCUGCUGAUUAGGAUAUCAGCAGCAGAUCUCCAGCAGAUUCAGAUUUGUCGGGCAUUUCGGAAACCUGACACCCUAUGUGGAGACCUACAUUGCUGCUUCCAUUUUGGUGAUGCACAUGCUCAUCGAAUCGCAAAAUGUGCUAUAAUCUGGAUUUAAAAUCCAACUGAGUUGCAGCUUGUGCCUUGGUUGACCUUCACAAAAGCGGCAUUUUAUACACCAUCUGAUGAACCUUUUGCACUUGUUCAGCCUUUUUCCUGUAAACUGCUGUUGUCUAAAUUUCGUUUAGAACUGCAUUGUAUGAGGUUGUAGGAAUGGACUAAUUGCUAUCUAAGUUCAGUUUCGAAAAUUUCACUGGAUUAACAUAGUUCUUGUGUUUCAACUUUCAAAUUUUGCCUUGGUUUGGAGUCUGUUUUUCUGCCUCUGGCAAGUACGGACAAUCAUUGAGGCUUUGGGAGUUCUGCAGGACACCAGUACAUUCAACAUUGAAGAAUUGCAUCAAUCCUCGAUAUCAGCGGUGGCGUUGGCAUAUCUCCUUCAGUUUCUAAAGAAUGUUCAGAUUCCCUCCGCCAUGUUCGUGCAGGCCUCUCUUCGCAUCUCCAGUUUUCUUUAUUCUAUCUCUCUAACCAGCAUUACACUCUUUUAUUCUAUUCUAUUUUCUGAAUCACUCCAUGUCUCUGUUUAGAGAUCAUAGACUUCCUCUCCCUCCCCUUGAUGAACCAAGUGUCCCCAAUCAUUGAACCUUCUUCUCAGACACUGUAAUCUUGGAUAAGCCUCUGUUUUGUCUACCAGCUAGCAGUUGAAGUUUUCUGAUCUUGUAACCUUCACAUCUCCAUGAUGUACCUUGGUUGAUUUUAAUUGUUAAGCCAUAAACUUCACCCCAGCCGUGGACUGCCAUUUCUUUAAUCAUAGUCACAUUUUUUAAAUUUGAAGAUGACGCUCAGCAACCUUUCUGAAUUCUGGUUCCUGAACAGUAUAAAAACACCUCCACAGUUGUGCAUUAGUCUUCAUCCAGCAAACAUCUGAGACACACAACACACACUAGACAAUCAAUCCUGACCUCUAGGUGCCCAUUGUACAUCACAAUGGAGGCUGGAGGGUUGAUCGCUGAGGUCGGUUGGACCGAGUUCGACUUUCUGUCGCAUGGAGAGGAAUCGGAGGUAAUGGCGCAGCUGCUUGGUGCCUUCCCCUCCCAUGGUGAGGAAGGCCACCAUGAGCUGCCUUGGUCCGACCAAGCUUCCAAUGCAUACAGUGACAACAUUGGAAGCAGCCUUGCUGUCCCACCUGCAUAUGAGGGCUACUGUUUCAGUGACUCAAAUGAAGCUCUGAGGAUCAGCUCCUGCAUUGCACCUGAUGACCUGAGCUCGGUCCAGGAGUAUAGUGCAACCGAGUUUGUCAACAUGUUCUCAAACCAUUCCCCUAAUUUUUAUGGGAAUGGUGAUGGCAGCUGUGAGGAUCUGGAUGACCCAAGCAUGAUCAUGCUCGACUCAGUAAGUGCUACCAACAAGAGAAAGCACUUGGCUGAAGAACUUGAUGGCAAAACAAGAGGCCGGAAAUGCGCAAGGAAAGGUGAAACAAAGCGAACGAAGAGGGCCAAACGGAGUGGAGAUGAGGAUGCGAGUAUGGCCAUCGCGAGUGGAAGCCCAACAAGUUGCUGCACCUCUGACAGUGACUCCAAUGGCUCUCUGGAGUCUGCAGAUGCUGAUGCUCGUCCGAAAGGCAAGGCUCGGGCAGGCCGCGGCGCAACAACUGAACCCCAGAGCAUCUAUGCAAGGAAAAGGAGGGAAAGGAUCAAUGAGAGGCUGAAGAUUCUGCAGAACCUGGUGCCCAACGGGACCAAAGUAGAUAUCAGCACCAUGCUUGAGGAGGCAGUCCACUAUGUGAAGUUCCUGCAGCUUCAGAUCAGGCUGCUGAGCUCGGAUGACAUGUGGAUGUAUGCACCAAUCGCAUACAACGGGAUGAACAUCGGGAUCGAUCUGAACAUGGAUAGAUGAUCAAAACGCGAACCGAUGAAAUGUGCUUGGAAUAACAAGUCUGUAACCUUUUUUUUACAGUUCAAGGACCAUAGGUGCGGAAGCAGCCUGCUAGGCGGAGGCUCUGAAACUUCUGAAGGCAAGGAGUUACAGUUGCCUACUUCACCAAUCAUCACUUACAUGAAGAGACGAUUUUACUCCCAAAUUGCAGGGGACAUUUUUUUUCUUCUUCUUUUGUCUUGAGAAGAGGGGUCUUUUAACAAUGCCAGUAAACCGAGAUCUUUUUUCCUUUAUGUAAACUGUACAAGUUUUUGCCUAUU